UUGUAUUUUAGUGAAAUGGAUCCAAAGGCAUUGGACAAAUUGUUGAAGGCUCAACAGGAGUAUUUUGAGAAAUUGUUAGUGAACCUGCUGAAGCCGAGUGAGAUGAACGAAACCGAACUCUACAGCAAAUUGGUGGGGAUGAUCGGUGAGUUUAGUUUUGAUUUGACGAGUGGUAUGACCUUUGAGUCUUGGUUGGGCAGGCAUCGGUCCUAUUUUGAGGAGGAGGGUAAAACCCUGCCAGAGUCCUCUAGAGUGAGAUUAUUGUUGAGUAAAUUGGGGCCAGAAGAGUAUGCCCAGAUUGAAAGGAAGUUGCUGCCAACUAAAUUGAGUGAGAUGAAGUUUGACGAACUCUGUAGUGAAUUAGUGAAAGAGUUUAGUGACCAUAGGUCCAAAUUGUUGAAAAGGUUCGAGGCCUUAAAUGUUAAGUGUAGUAAUCUCCAAGAUAUUGUUGAGUUUGGGAAUUUAGUGAAUGCUCAAUGUGAGCGCGCGGACAUGGCCUUGUCAAUUGAAGAAUUGAAAAUUCUUAUUUUUAUUUCAGGUUUGCCAAGUGAUGCAAACUCAGUACGACAAGUCGCCAUGAAGAGUGUUGAAAAUAAAAGUGAAAAGGGGCACACAGUGACAUUGAAAGAAGUUAUUGAAGAGUGUCGGGCAUAUUUGGCCAAUAAAAGUGAAGCCUUGUAUAUUGUCAAGGAGAAAAGUAGUGAAGUCAAGAAAGAAAUGCCUGAAGUCAACACAAUUCAAAAAGUGAAGUGUUGUGAAAAGAGUGAAAGUGAAAAUGGUAAAGUGUAG